AUGUGUUUCCAAAUUAAGGAACAUGCAAUACCAGUGUUCAAACCAAAAAGAAUGGUAUCUUUUGCUGCAAUAAAACAUGUCAAUGGAGAAUUAGACAGAUUAGAAGAAAUUGGAGUCAUCCAAAAAGUAGAACAUGCAAAAUGGGCAAUGGUGUGUAUUAAAAAAACGAAUAACAAAAUCAGGGUGUGUGCUGAUUUUUCCACUGGCUUGAAUGAAUGUCUGAAAAUGUGUCAUUACCUGCUACCUACUCCGGAGGAUAUUUUUGCAAAGUUAAACAGGGGCAAGAUAUUUUUGAAACUGGAUCUCUCCGAUGCAUUCCUACAAAUUAGAGUAGACGAGGGAUGUUCAAAAUACUUAACAGUGAAUACACAUAAAAGACUAUAUAAAUAUAACAAAUUACCAUUUGGUUUAAAUUUUACAUCUGCAAUUAUUCAACAGGUUAUGAAUGCAAUGUUAACCGACUGUGAAUUUGCAAUUCCAUACCUGGAUAAUAUAUUAAUUAAAAGUGAAUCUUGUGAUCAGCAUGUUGAGCAUGUAAAAUGUGUUUUGAAAAAUAAGAGAUUACUGUUUCACACUGAGAGAAGAAAGAUAUGA